AUGGCGCCGCUGCAGGAACGAUCGCUCAAUACGGGCCCGCGCCGGUCCUCGCUGUUGGCGACGCCGACCAAGGACCACAGCAACGAUAGCUCUCCGCAACUGCAGCGUCACCCUCAGAACAAGCACGGCAAGAUUGCAGCUCUCGCAGCGGCGAACCGACUACGCGAUGCGAGUGCCGGCAGCAGCAGCGCGGGAGCAGGGGGACCGACGACGCCACAGGCACAACAUCGCUCGUUCAGUGCUCAGCUGCAGGGCGUCGCACCUCCACCUGCCCCUCUUGUGGUCGAGAGUCAACGUUAUGAAGAGUGGAUGAAGAUCGCGACCGACAAUGUGAGCUACCAUGGCCGCCGGCGCGAGGUGUUGAAUCAUUCGCGUGGACGCGUCUCAUGUUGAUCGACACUCCGGCCUGACCGCUGAGCGUCGUCGAGCUUGUAUCACCCUCAUCGCGAAUCUCAUCGCACUGACGGUACAUGCAUCCUCCACCACCCAGAAAAUCACAUCGACCAACACAUGGAGUUUGGCCCUGAUCGACUACUUUGCCGACAUGUCGCUGCUCAGGAACAACGACGACAACUCGAUCAACUUCCAGAAGGCGAGCUGCACCCUCGACGGCUGCGUCAAGAUCUGGACUUCCCGCGUCGAUUCCGUCGCGACCGAGACGGGCAAGUUGCUCAGUGGACUGGCUGAAGAUGGUCGUGAGUGCUGUUCUGCCGAGUGCUGUCCACCGCGCGGGCAAGGCCGACGCUCACACUGCCUACGGACCCAAUCGCGCAGGUAAUGGUUCCCAGGGCGUCGAUGAUGAUGACGACAUGGACAAUGAUGAAGAUGAGGAUGCUCGUGAAGCGCGAAAGGCGAAGCGAAAGGUCAGCUACGAUACCAAGUUCGGUUCCACGCUGGAAAGGCGCUGACACCUAGUCCCGCUUGCUUGUAGAACGCCAAACGAGCCGAGACCUUGGCCGACUCGUUCAACAAGAUCAAAGUCAAAGCUUUCGAUCUCGAAUUCACCGUCGACCCUCUGUUCAAGAAGACCUGUGCCGAUUUUGACGAAGGUGGAGCAGGAGGCAUCUUGAUGAACCACCUCGGGUGUGACAGGAACAUGAAGGUCGUGUUUGAUGCUGGAGAUGCGAGGCUCGACAAGGCCGAUGACGAUGAUGACGACGACGAGGACGACGAAGAUGACGUGUUGGAGAACGAGGAUAUUGAGUGUGACCUAACGCGUCUGACGAGUGAGUCCGACUCCUUCCCUCGUUCUGCGUACCGACCCUCACGCGUGCCUGAUUUGACCGCCCUUCCUUUAUCCUCCAGCCCGAUGCUUCCCUGAUGGACUCGACACAUUGGAAGACAUGGUUCUCUGCCCGAGUCUGGCCUCGUUCCGCUUCUCACCCGAUGCGAAUCUCGACCUCGGCAUCCUGCAGAACCCCGACAACGACGACGAAGAACUCGCUCAAUUGACCCAGCGCGCUGCACUCCCCGGUGGUCGAACAGGUGGCGACAACGCGCACGACAAUGAACUAAACGGUCAAGACUAUGGCUUUGACGAUCAACGCGAAUUUGGUGGAUCCAACGACAAUGAUGACGGCGGGGCCGACGGAGCAGUCGACUUUUUCGCCGACGAACCUGGGGCCGGUCGACCGUUCGAUCCGAGUCGUGACGAUAGUCCUGGAUUUAUGGGCGGUGGACAGGAUGGGGAUGGCGGUGAACUCGUCAUGUCGAUGGAGAAUGGCAGUGGGGACGGGCACCUGUUUGACUUGCUGGAUGCGGGUUUGUCCAAGAACUGGGCCGGGCCAGAGCAUUGGAAAAUGAGACGAUUGGUGCAAAGGAAGCGUAAGUGUUCCUGAUCAAGCUACUACUACUCAGCACGACACGAAAACUGAACUUGAAGGGCUCUCUCGUCAUCUCAUUCUCUCAGCCGAGGACGAAACUGCCGCAAAGCAACGAAAGGAGAAGGUCACAUUUGCCUUCGAUUUCACACAACCCCCGCCGAUCGCUCAGAAGGAGCUUUUCGCCUCGGCCCCGACACCGGCAUCGAUUCGUGCGGCUCGGAAAUCCUCGUUGGCGCCCAAGACGGCUGGUCACGGGAAACGCAACAGUCGAAUCGCAGUGGCCCAGGGUACGGAAGAGGAGCAACACAUCCUUCCCGAUGAUUUCCACUUCAACAGUCAGAUUCUGCUCCGCUUGUUCCUCAAACCUAAACUGGCGGUGAGUCCAAUCGAGUUGCUUGAAUCAUCAGGCCGGGUGGAGACUGAUUGAGCUAUGAAUUUCCUUCUUGCAGCUCAAACUACGACGGAGAGGCAAUCACGCACCGGGGGUGGUCGCGCUGGGCGGUGGGGAAGCCGAUGCACACUUCUGGGCUGGCGCCGGUGCCAACUUAUUGGAGGACGACCACAUGGGAGGCGUUGAACACGAUUUUGAACCUUCGUUCGGUGAGUGAGAGUCAUGCUGGAUCAAAGGAACUGACGCGUCAACUGAGCACUGCGUAUCCUCUCCUCUCAGGUGGGGACUAUGCCGUACCUUUUGACACGCAGAUCCUCAACGACGGCGACGACGAUUUGCCCUACUUCAACGAGGACGAGGACGAUUCCCCAACAGGCCCAAUGCUCGACGGUAUCGGUUUGGGAGGCGGUCUCGAUGAAUCGGACGAUAUUCUCCAGGACACGCAGGGACAAUUGAAGCGCGUGCGGCCGGAGAAUAUCAAUUAUGCCAAGAGGGCGAAACGCGUCGAUGUGGCCAAGUUGAAGGAUAGUAUUUGGACGGAAUUGCAGGUCGUUUCGAUCCCUGUCAAGGAGGUAUGUCCCCGUUGCUUGAAGUCAUCCCGAUGUUCAGGCCGGGCAAGUAGACUAACAACCCCCCCCCCCCCCCCCCCCCCCGUCUCCAACUAGUUCCCAACCGAACCCGUCUACCAACCCGACCUAAUCGAACCCACAGCGGACGAAUCCAAUGUCUCAAGCUCCAGCAAAACCUCCCUCAAACCCGAAACCUUAGUCCCCGUCGUCGAUCGCUUGCGAAAGACCUACCCCAAGGACAAGAUGGAGGAGAUCUCGACUUCGUUCUGCUUCAUCUGCUUGUUGCAUCUCGCGAAUGAGAAGGGGUUGAGGAUCCAGACGCCUGGGUCGGUGGAGGAUGAGGAGGAGGGGGAUGAGGGGGUAGAGGAGGGGAUGCGGCUGAGGAAACGAGUGGGUGGAUUGGAGGCGUUGAGGGUGUUUAGGACGGUGGAAUGA